AGCGCUCCAACCGCAGACUUUAGCUCUGUGACUGAGAGGCAGGAGGCGGAGCGGGGGGAGGACUGGAGGACAACGGAAUAAUAAUGGCGAGGAGGAUAAUGGAGUCGGCGGCGAGUGGAAACCACCUGGGCGGCGUGCCAAGAAAGGUAGUUAUCGCGGCGGUGGGCUGCUUUGCCAAGGCCGUGGCCAAUCUGAUUAACACCACCACCGUCCACAACGCCGACACCCUCCUCCGCCUCGUCACCUCUCGCCCUCAGGGGAUCCCUCUCAUCACCGUCAGCAAUCACAUGUCCACCUUGGAUGAUCCUGUGAUGUGGGGAUUCAAAGGGUUUCCAACUUGUGAUGCAAAAUUGGCAAGAUGGGUAUUGGCUGCUGAGGAUAUCUGCUUUAAAAACACGGUGUUCUCAUACUUUUUCCGCCUUGGAAAAUGCAUACCUAUUACAAGAGGAGGUGGAAUCUAUCAAGAACAUAUGAAUGAAGCAGUUGAGCGCUUGAGUAAUGGAGCCUGGUUGCAUACGUUCCCAGAAGGAAAGGUGUGUCAAGAAGAUGCCUCCAUAAGGCGACUAAAGUGGGGUACAGCCAGUCUUAUUGCCCGUGCCCCUGUGACUCCGUUAGUUCUGCCAAUCAUUCAUCACGGCUUUGAAAAGGUCAUGCCUGAAGAUUAUAUGUUUGGCAGAAGACCUCCUUUUCCUUUGUGCAACAGGAAGAUAAGUAUUGCUGUCGGCGAGCCAAUGGAAUUUGACCUUCCCGCGUUGAGACAGAUGGCACUAUCGUCGUCCGAACGCCCAUCAUCACAUACGGGCAGUCAGUGGCCCAAAACUGUGCAAGGUGGACUGGACGAGGCAGCCCAAAGAUAUCUCUACACAACCAUAUCGGAUCAAAUCCGAACAGCCAUGGAGAAGUUGAGAAGUUUCUGCAAAGCUGAAAUGAAGUCAGCUGGUGAGUGUAGCUCCAUUUCUUCUCAAAAAUAAAAUUUGUUUAUGAGGCGCUUCUUGCUUCGGGCUUCAUUUAAUCCUUGCCUAGGUGUUAUAUUCAAGUGUAUUGCAUUCUAGAAUAUCUUCUAGUGUUUUAAAACGCAUUUUAGAACACUGGGAGAUGUCUAGCGCGUUUUAGAACAUGACUGGUAGGUUCUGAAUUCAAUGUUUGUGUAUUUAGAAAGCAUGAAUCUUGUUGAAGUUUUAACCUUACCCACACAUGUUUGAAGGAGAAUGACCUCUGUAGCUCUGAGGCAACAUUUGAUUUCUGGAGAAUCAUUAAUUGCUGUAGAUGAUAUUUUGUGGACAAAUGUGUUCUCUGUGAUUUUCUUGAGAAAAUAAAUAUUUUGCGAACAAAUGAUAUUUUGUGGA